GUGGCGGGGACGGACGCAGGCAAGGGGGAGAGGGCACGCGGGUUGCCUGCGCGGACGUCGGGACAGAGCUGCUGCCGCCGCUGCCGCUACCUCAGCCGUUGCAGCUGCCGGCCGCCUGUGGGCCUGGCUUGUGAGAUUGCGCGGGCCCGGUGGUGUCCGCCCCAGCUUCAGGCUCUUUGUCACCAUGAAGCUGCUGCAGCCAGCCUUCCCUAGCUGUUUCCUGCCAAUCCUGCUCAGCUUAUGGACAGCUGCUCCUGAGGCUCACGCCGUGUCUGUGGAGACGCCGCCCAUCAGUGCAGCCUCUUUCCUGCAGGACCUCAUGCAUCGCUACGGGGAGGGUGACAGCCUCACGCUGCAGCAGCUAAAGGCCCUGCUCAACCACCUGGAUGUGGGAGUGGGCCGGGACAAUGUCACCCACGCGCUGCAGGGACAGAGGAACCUCUCGACGUGCUUCAGUUCCGGAGCCCUCUUUGCUGCCCACAACUUCAGCAACCAGUCACGGAUAGGGAAGAGUGAGUUCCAGCAGUUCUGCCCCACCAUCCUCCAGCAGCUGGAUUCCCAGGCCUGCUCCUCCGAGAACCAGGAGAACGAGGAGAAUGAGCAGACAGAAGAGGGGAGGCCGAGCGCUUUGGAAGUGUGGGGAUAUGGUCUCCUCUGCGUGACCGUCAUCUCCCUCUGCUCCCUCAUGGGGGCCAGCGUGGUGCCCUUCUUGAAGAAGACCUUUUACAAGAGGCUGCUGCUCUACUUCAUAGCUCUGGCGAUUGGCACCCUCUACUCCAACGCCCUCUUCCAGCUCAUCCCCGAGGCUUUUGGUUUCAACCCCCUGGAGGAUUUUUAUGUCUCCAAGUCUGCCGUGGUGUUCGGGGGCUUCUAUCUUUUCUUUUUCACAGAGAAGAUCUUGAAGAUGCUCCUUAAGCCGAAAAAUGAGCACCAUCAUGGACAUAGCCACUAUGCUUCUGAAACGCUUCCUUCCAAGAAGGACCAGGAGGAGGGGGUGACCGAGAAGCUGCAGAAUGGGGACCUGGACCACAUGAUUCCUCAGCACUGCAGCAGCGAGCUGGAUGGCAAGGACCCUGUGAUGGAUGAGAAGGUCAUCGUGGGCUCGCUCUCUGUCCAGGACCUGCAGGCUUCCCAAAGCGCCUGUUACUGGCUGAAAGGCGUCCGCUACUCUGACAUCGGCACUCUGGCCUGGAUGAUCACCCUGAGUGACGGCCUCCACAAUUUCAUCGAUGGCCUGGCCAUUGGCGCCUCCUUCACUGUGUCUGUUUUCCAAGGUAUCAGCACGUCAGUGGCCAUCCUGUGUGAGGAGUUCCCACACGAGCUAGGAGACUUUGUCAUCCUGCUCAAUGCUGGCAUGACCCUCCAGCAAGCGCUCUUCUUCAACUUCCUUUCCGCCUGCUGCUGUUACGUGGGUCUAGCAUUUGGCAUCCUGGCCGGCAGCCACUUCUCUGCCAACUGGAUCUUUGCGCUGGCUGGAGGAAUGUUCUUGUAUAUUUCUCUGGCUGACAUGUUUCCUGAGAUGAAUGAAGUCUGCCAGGAGGAUGAAAGAAAGGGCAGCAUCUUCAUCCCUUUUGUCAUCCAGAACCUGGGCCUCUUGACAGGUUUCACCAUCAUGCUGCUCCUCACCAUGUAUUCAGGACAGAUCCAGCUCGGGUAGGGCCCUGCAGGAGCCAGUGGGAAUGGAAGUCGGGCCCUUGGCUGCCUGUUCCCUGGCCCUGGGACUCGGCAUCCAAGAAGCACCUCCAGCGAGGCAGUUAUAUAAAAACUGUGACAUGGACUGUAUUCCUGCACUAAAUGUCAGCUGUUUUGAAAAUGCUCUAUCCUAGUAAUAAGCUGCCCUGGUGAACAAUCUCCAGGUAGCACUUCUCUCCCUUUCCUCUCUCUUCUUCUCAGAGUGACUCUGGAACCUGAAUGCAGCUUAGAAGACAAGCCUAACUUUUUUCUCAGCUUACCCUGGCCUCUAUCUCUUUGAACCAGAGCUGAGAGAUGUUGAAUCUUUUGCCGCCCCAUGCAGAAAUAGAGGCAGCAAUCGUAACCUGGUUGCAAAGGUCAGGAGCUGAAUCUACAUGCAGUUUGGGGCCCAUGAAACUAAGUGUGUAUCCUGGACCUCAAAGAGAACUGAAAGUUGGAACAGAUGAGUAAGGCAAGGGGCGGGAGACCAUCCUGAGUGAGAGGGGAAGUAGAACCGAUGAUGUGUGUCCCGUUCUGAUGGUUACCGGAGCCCGCUGGGAUGCUGGAUGUUGUUUUUGUGGCUGCACCUGGUGUUUCCUGGCCGUCCGGCAGAGCGAGCAUGUAGGUUCUGUACAUUCAGUUGCCUGAACCUCCCCUUCUUUCUGAAUUAACACUAACAAGAAUGGAGGGCAGAGAAGGAAGACCUGCAAAAAAUCGACUGGUUUUGCUGUGGUUGCCACCUCCCCUCCCCACUCCCGUCUUCGGACACUUUUUAGCCGCCUCCCUAGAAGCACAUUCUGGGCACAUUCACGAUGCUGAGACUGGAGGGGAGACUGCACAAAUUUACCUCCCCACCAACACGCGUGCUGCACAGGGGCAAGUUGACUUGCAGAAUUGGAGUACAACUUGUGUUCUUUCUGACAAGGGUAAUCAGAAAAGGAGGCAGUGCAGGCAGCAUGUAUGCUUUGCUACUUAAUCGCGUAAGUGAAAGUAUGAAUAAUAGGAACUCUUGAAAUGGAAGGUCCAGAACGUAGGUUGGGCUCUGCAGGUGUCUGUGGAACAGAGGACCUACUGGUCACACGCUGUGAAUGGGUUAUUAAACAGCACUGUCGAGGUUACCCCCUUCGUCCCUCACCCCAAACAAGAAAGGGCGAAUCCUAUAUGGAAUCGAAUACUAACUGCUCUAACUCUUCAGAAAAUGGCUUGAUGGGCUCGUCUGUGAGACCGCAGGCCAGCCUCAGGCACUGUGGAGCCCUCUCCUCAGAACUCUGGCUUCAAGGGGAGCUGAUCUCCAGGUUCACUAGGUGAAUUGAUUUAUUAUUAUCAUAUUGAUAAUGUGAGAUUCUUUAGCCACUUUGGGGAGCCAGUCUCUCCAGAAGCCUUUCUUAGUGGUGCCCACAGUUGCAGCCCAGGGGCUGUGUUUGCAAACUGAUUUGUGUGCAUGGCUGACAGUGCUGGCUCGUUGCCAACACCUGUGAGUUUUUUCUCUUCUCACCCAGAAAGACUUUCCACUAGACAGUAAUUAAAAGCAGCCUCCAUUUUUUUGUUUUUCUCUUCUUGGGAAACAUCCCUCAAACCAGAAGUAUUCUUGAAAAGAACGUAAGCAGGAAAUACUGCUGGUGAUGCUUUAUAAGUUUUUCUGCUUCUCUUGCCUGUUGACUGAUAAAUUUGAGAAUGGGCUGAAGAGGAAGGAAAACAGUUAUCAAGAUUCUAGAUUAAAUAUCAGGACUGACUCCUGAUAGGAUUAUGGUCCAGUUUUACCAAAGAAUCAAUUCCUUGAAUGUUGGCAUCUAACUUUUUAUUAUCAUUAUUAUGGUUACUGUUUUAAAACAAUUCUUUGUCUUUUCUGUUCUGUUUUUCUCAAAUUGCUUUCAGGAGCUAACAGAAAAUAACAGUCAAACUUGAAGUCUUGAGAAGAUGUUGCUUUCCUUAAUUCACACUGAUGUAUUAAAUUUAUAGUUUUAGCAUUCCCUAUAGAUCUGUCAUUCCUUACAAAUACCAUUAUCCUUGAAGUACAAUACUAAGUUAGAGUUAGUGGGUUUCUAGUUUUAGAAGAGCUCAAAAAUGUAAUCUUUAACAAAUUAAAAAAUAAAAUAAUGAAAUAGUAGCGUACUUCCCCUUUCUGUGCACAUCUGUAUUAAGAACCUUCUGUUCAUAGACAGCUGCCUCCAGGGGAAAUUCUCUUUGAACUGUAGUUAGUCCAGGGGCCAGUCCUGGCUGGAGCUUAGGAUGGGGAAAACAUUCAAAUCAUGCAACAGAUUUGAUGUUGCCAUUGGCAACAGACUUGCCUUGUGAGUUGAAAAUGUGGCGAUUUCUUUUGGACUUUUAAGUGUUGAAUUUGCUGUUUUAAGCAUUUGUACAUAUUAGAAGUCUGAGGAGCAGUGAAUUUUGAGGACUUGUUCACCCCGACAUUCUCGUCUUCAACCUAUCUUUCCCCAGAUGGACCAGCUCCUGUUAACAAUCUCAGGGGCAGUCUGUCCUGUGCUGGAGUAGUGAACCAGGAGCAGGAGUUUUGCUGGUCAUCCUUGCCCUGGCUGACAGGCUGCCUUCCAUCUUUGCCCCCAAAAGUCUUUUGUGUCUACUGUCAACGUGGGGCUUCACCUUGGGUUUGAAAAAAGAAGGCUUCUCUGUGUGGGUAUCCUAAGACUUGUUUUUAGUAAGUCCUCUUCCAAAGAGAUGGUAGUAUGCCGGAAAUCUGCUGAAAAAUGAAAAGUUGUCUGAUUUUCGCAAGAGGUUAGGUUUUUAUUCAUAUUUCCUUUUACAGUUCUGCAGUUCCACCACAGUAUUUUUUUAAAAUAACUCAGGAGUUAUGAGGAUAAAUUAGAAAAGAAAAUAACUUAAGUUAUAUGGACUUUAAAUGUUUUAUUUGUAAGAUUCUAUAAAUAAAGCUAUAUUCUGUAA